AUGUCAUCGAUAUUAUUUGAGUGCGCGAAGGUCAAUUUCGCGAUUGGUCUCUACGGGCAUCGAACGAGCGGUACCCCGACGAUAAUCAAGCUUGACAAUAUCCGGAAAUAUGUUGAUGAGAUUUCAGAACUCGAUUAUGAAAAAGCAAUUGACGUCAUUCGCAGAGACAAUGCUUUGGCCACGGGUAAGGGUCUUCAAAAUCGAUACAAUGAAAUAAUUUUCUGGAAAAUUAUUCUCAAAUGUGCUGCGUUGAUCGAUCAUACAAAGCUACCAUCCGCGAAAGGACCUGCAGACGGUUUCACUAUGGCGGAAAAAGCUGCAACCAAGAAAUUUAUGGAAGAUGCUGGAUACGGGUUGGGCGCAGAAAACUAA